AGUAGCGCCACGGAGCGCACAGACUCAUCCGAGGUGAGAGAGAGAGGGGGGAAAAAAGCACACCUGUUACUGAAGAAACGAAAGCAAAGUGGAAAAAAAGAGGACUGCGUCUUCCUCUACAUUGCUACACACCUGACUGCACCUACUCCACACAUCCCACUUUCCAGUGGGGACCAUGUGGGUUCUGGAUAAGAUCCGCGGGUCGGUGGAGAGUGGUGUUCUGCGACAGGGGGAGAACGGGGACAAGAAGGGUGGCACCCCGACCUACAGCAACGUCCUCACCCCCGACAGGAUCCCAGAUUUUUUCAUUCCUCCGAAGUUGGUGAGCUGCCCCCCAGAGCCCGAGAUCCCCGCCGUAAAGCCCAAAGAAGGCCUGCACCCGUCCACUUCUGAGCACACCAUCGGUAGUGGGAAGAUCAGCAGUCCGAGAAGCCCACGUUUGGUAGCCAAGAUCGCAGGAGACACCAAGAACUUGCUGAGAGCUGCAAACCGCCACAUUAUACAGAUAGAGAGUGCUGAUGAUGUGGUGGCUGGAGACACUAACGCAGACCCCCAGUCGCAGACUGCAAUGUCCCUGCCUUAUGUCCCCAAGACCCAGACGUCCUACGGGUUUGCUACCUUGAAGGAAAGCCCCCACACGCGCCGUAAAGAGUCGCUGUUCCACUGCGAGCUCACCAGUCCCAUCACCUCCCCAAAUACGCAGAGGAAGACUCCGGGCAGAAGCAGCGACACGGGAAACCACCUGAAUCCAGCUGACUUUAACACCUCUCACAUGAAUCCCUACCGAUACUUCAGCGGCGGAGAGAGCGACACCUGCUCCUCAGCCGAGUCCUCCCCUUUCAGCUCCCCUCUGCUCUCUCGCUCCGCGUCCCUGCUCAAGAUCUUCACCCAUGAGACGCAGGCCAAAGUGGUGAAAGCCAAGCGGACUUUCGCGCGCCACAGCUCCCUCUCCACCGACGAGUGCAGCUCGGCCGAGCCCAGCCCCAACGUCCAGCGACGGCUCCACGUCCCCACCUAUCACGGCGGCGCUGGAGCUUCGGACCACGGCCUCCAUCAGGAGCACACCAUCAACCUGCACAAAGGCGGGACAGUGCGGAUCAGCGUCAACUACGACUCCAGCACCUCCCGCCUUCUCAUCCGCGUCCUGGCGGCGGAGAGUCUGUACGACAAGCACUUCGACAUGAAGAGCAUCAACUGCUGCGUGUCUGUCUAUCUGAACCCGGGCAAGCUGCAGAAGCAAAGGAGCAACAUCAUCAAGAACAGCCGCAACCCGGUCUUUAACGAGGACUUCUUCUUCGACUCCAUAAGUUCGACUCAGGUGAAGAGCCUCUCUGUGAAGUUCAAGGUGGUGAAUAAAGGCACCAGCCUCAAAAGGGACACCUUGCUGGGAGAGCGAGAGGUGCCUCUGGGGAAGUUGCUCUCAGGGGUUUAAAGCUCCAGGAACUGAAGGUCAAAGGGGGGCAAAGAGCGAGGAUACAGAUUAAGCUUAAAUUAGAUGUUUGCACUGGUUUCUAUGUUUUAUUUAUUCUAACAGUGACCAUAAAGACAGAGGGAGACGACAGGGAAGGACCUCCAAGAAUGAAAACCAAUCCCAUAAGGAACAUCAGCUUUAAUAAAUCUAAAUAAACACUAAGAGCACUAAAUAACCCAGAUGUAGCCGAUAUGUGGACACCUCAAGGAUUUAUCAUCCCAAGCUCUGCCUAACUCCCUCUCCCAUUAAUGAACACUCAUUAAACCAAGCUGGGCUGAACAGCAACGGUUGAAUUUGACACAUGAAAGGUUUUCUUUCUGGCCGGGUCUCCCAGCCAGCUCCGGUUCAAAGGUUGGAGGACACCUGUGCUUCACUGCGCUCAUCUGUGCGUGCCACGGUUUUAUUAUUGUAAUGUGGCAGAAAUCCGCAGCAGCACUGGAUGCGAUUCCCCAUCUCACCAUGUGCUGCACGGGCACAGAGAUGCUUUUGUGAAACGGUGGGAGCUUUGAAGUGGCACUAGAGCCUGAUGUGCAAAUGACCCUUUGAUCCCAGUUGCCAGAGCAGCCCACAUUUACAUGCCCAUCAAAAAGUACAAUUAUAACACGAUUGAUCUUGUAAGAAACACUAAAGUCUAUGUUAUAACGAUACAAUUAAGGAUAACUGAACAUUACAGAACAUUUACAAAUGUGGGGAAACGAUGUCUGUAGAGUUUAUAACCACCCGUGUUUAAUCCUUUCCUUCAGCAUCAAACAUUUUAAAGAAAGCAUUUGUCGCUGUCUUUUUGACACGUCAUUGAACGAAACAGAGCAAAACCACCUGUAUUCUUACAAGCAUGCAAAAUAUGAAAAAUAGCCUAGGUGUAAACAAAUCAUUUCUCAUCUAUUUUGAUUGCAGAGCAACAUUCAGACACUAUCCAUGAAAAAAAUCUUAUGUUAGAAGCAGAUUUCUUCACCUUAAAAUAUUCCUAAAGCUUAAUUAUAGACAGAAAUGACUUGUUAAAAUGAGAUUUUUAUUAGUGAGCAGUAAUGUUUUUGGAUUUUAAUAUUUUUAAUAGCCCCCAGUCAUGUCUGUAACCGUAUGAAACACAGCUAUGAGUUAAUGAAAGUGGAGCAGCAAGGGAACCUGGUUGCAGUAUAUGAUGAGGCACUCCAGUUAAUAACAGUCCGUCAACAUGCAGUCAAGUCCAGUGUGGGCACCUUGAUUAAACAUCGACAUCGACUCCAAGACCAGUUGGUAAUUCUGAACUACAAGAUAAAAACGCAGGCAAAUACUCAAAUGGUCUUUCCCUCAUUUAAAAUUUCAUUCCAGGUCACUUCACUCUUCAUUGUUUACUCCAAAUCUCAACAGAUAUGAAAAAAAGUACUCAUUUUAAAUAUAGUAGCAUGUAAAGGACAUUUUCUAGUUUGAUUAUUACAAGUGAGUGUAAGGUUUACACUGGACAAAGUGCUGAUUUGCUGUUUGCAGCAGGACAAGAAAGUCGAACUUUUUAACUUUUUAAUUUUUAAAUUUAUGCAACAACACAGUACUGUCCAAUAGUCACCCCUCAUUUCUUUAUCCUUUUAAGGAAAAUGGGAAAUAAGUGCAGCGAUUUGUUAAAACAUACGUGGAAAAACAGUAUACGAGGCAAAAACUGAGAGUGUGCAAUUCUAAGGAGCUUAAAAGUCAAUAUUUGCUGUGAACACUUUAUAUUCAUCAACACAGCCGGAACUCUCAAAGGCAAGCUUUCUGCUAAUUUCUUUAAGUGGUCUUCAGGAAUAGUUCUCCAGGACAUUCAAAGCUCUUCUUUGGAUGUUGACUGAUCCCACUCUGCUUCAAUAAUUCUGAUCUGCACUCUGGAGAGGCCAACCCAUGACUGAUAGUACAGCUUAAUUUUCUACCCGAGUAUGCUUUCACUGCGUUGUUGGUGUGUUUGGGAUCACUGUCAUGUAGAAAAAUGAAGCUCUUGACGAUCAGAUGCUUUCCAGAUAGUACUGUACGGUGGAUUGAAACCUAGUGGUGAUUUUCUGUGUUCACAUUUCCAUCAUUUUUGACAAGAUCCUAGUUCAAAUGUAGCCCCGUAUCCGUACAUGCCCAGUAGGACAGUAUGCCUUUCAACUAAAAAAGAUGUGAGCAAACGAUGGUUUGUGUGAUCAGCUGCUAGUAACAAAGUACCAAAAUAUACUUAUUUAAAAUCGCUUCAUUUCUAAAUUGUCUUUUAUGUGUAGACACAUAGGUCAGUGGCUUAACAGAGUCUGAAAAUGGUCAGGUACAAGGACUGGACUGAAGAUGAGUGAAAAAGCUGCCGAAGGAAAACUGUUGCUCAAGGCCACCUUAAAAAUGACACGAAAGCCUGUCUCCUUGGGAGCAAAUGAAUAAAGAGAUGAAGGGUGGAUUUAGACGUUUGCACUGUACUGUACAUUUGCCUUGUUGGCAGUAGACAAACGAUCAUACCAUUGUGCAUUGUGUAACUUUAUUCAAUGUCUCAUUUGAGCAGAUUAGAAAACUUGUCACAGCAAGUACCAGCUGCACAGUGUGAACAUGGCGCUGGUCUUUGCAUGAUGUGUGCAAGGAUUAAUUAAACCCUAAAGCCUUACACUGUGGGUAUACGUGAGUGUGUGUGAGUGUGUGUUUUGAGCCUGAUUUCCUUUCUUUUUCCUUUUUUUGUCCAAAGUUGUUAAUUUUCUAUGUUGUAUUUUGUAAACUGAAUGCUUUGAAACGACUCUUCGAUGUAUGUUGGGUUUGUAUUGUGUAUAUACACUUGUCUGUGAAAUGCAAAUUAUGCACCAGCGAGGGAGAAGUGCUUAUGACAGACAUUUUCAGAUAUACAGUUUCAUCUUUAAUGAAGUCCGAUGGGGAGGAAGCAGACGAGUCAGGAAAGAGACGUCGAGAGAACAACCUUGUGUGCUUUAACGGGAGCAGCCGCCCCGCCUUCUGUUGCUGUUCUCUGUCGUCCUUCUGAAGAAUUAGAAGAAAUUGGAAGUGAUUGCAACCUCGAGUGCCCAGCAGAGGAGAGCGACUUCACAAAGAAAAUAAGUCAGAGACAUCAGACUGAUGCAAAUUACUGAGAGUUCCUCACACGUCCACCCAAAGCUUCGUUUAAUUAUACGAGAACCGCUCUCACCUGGUGU